AAACUCCCACUGAAUAACAACAACGCAGUGGGAAGAAACAGUAGCUAAGCCAUUCCGCACAGCCGACACACUCAAUCAAACUACAGCCAUGCUGAUCACACGAGGCUUCUCCCUCACCAACUUCAUCAUCGGGUCCUCCGCCCUCUGUUUCCAAGUCUUCAUCCUCUACCCCUGGCACAACAAACUCGAAAAGGACUUCGAGGAGAUGAGAGAUGCCCACAUCUCCCUAAUGAAACAGAGUGAGAAAAACCGCACCGAGGAACUAAAGGCCAUCCACGAGCGGCUGCAGAACAUUAAACAACCCCGCGGGUGGCUCUGGUAAUUUUUUCACGAAUCUCGUCGUAACGAAUUUUGUCCUACGUAUGCUAGCCGACUUUGGCUCGAAACCCCGCCCUCAUCCUCAGUGAAAAGCGCGUUUGAGAAGGAGAUUGUCCCAAUAUCAAUCAACCCAUCCAUCAGCGCAUCAGCGCAUACGCAUGCGCGAGCUGCUCUUAACGCAUCAGUGCCUUUUUGCCGAUCCCACCCCAACCUUGCGCGCUAUGUUCUUGACGGUUUACUUUAAAUAGAUCCAAGACGUCGAUCGAGGACGAAGCCAGCAAAGGAUGCUGCACUGCUG